UGACGAUACAUAACCUUAAAAUAUUUCAAAAUGAUAGCAUACCGAAAUCUUUCAAGUUUUUUACACCCUGCUAAACAGUUAAACUAUAGUUUGUUAACUGUGUACCGUUCCAAACAUGUAAUAGAUCGAUCUAAGGUACCCGUUUUAAUUGAAACAGAAUUAGAAGAGCAACAUGUACGAGGAAGUGGUCCUGGCGGGCAAUCUGUAAAUAAGACAUCUAAUUGUGUUAUAUUAAAACAUGUACCUACUGGUAUUGUUAUAAAAUGUCAUGAAACUCGAUCACUUGAUCAGAAUCGAAAGAUUGCUCGUAAUAUACUGGUUACAAAACUUGAUAACCUCAUGAAUAAGGAAAAUAGCGUAGAAGCUCAAAUUAAAGCAAUAGAAACCAAAAAAUCCAAAGUAAAAGCAAAGCGUCAGAAUAAAUUGAAUGAGUUAAAAGCAGAAUGGAAAAAACGGGAAGGACUGACGUAAUUUCAUGUUAGUAUUUUAUUUUCUAAUAGUCCCAUUAAUUAGUUAGAUAUUAAGUAUCGAUAUGCUUGUGAUGAUCAAUCAGUGAAGUGACAAAGCACAUUAUGGGAAAUGAUUGGUAUAUAAAAUGUGUUUGGAAUAUUAAAUUCUUAUUAUAGGUUCUAUUAAAUUGUAUCAACACUAUUUAUUUAUAAAUAUCGAAGUGGUGCUAAUCUGCUUUUUGUUUGUCAUUAAGUAAAAGUGUUCGUAGUAUAAAAAUACAUUGUUUAUUUAAAAUGUAGACCUCACAUAUUAUGGUGCAGUCUUUUGUUAUACUAA